AUGGACAUGCCCACGCCGCCUGAAGACCAGGAGCUGAGGAACGUCAUCGACAAACUGGCCCAGUUCGUCGCCCGCAAUGGUCCCGAGUUUGAGAAGAUGACCAUGGAGAAGCAGAAGGACAACAACAAGUUCUCCUUUCUCUUCGGGGGAGAUUACUUCACCUACUACAAGUACAGACUGGCCAUGGAGCAGCAGCCACAUGCCUCUGCUCAUGAUGUGGAGGACUUGAAAUCACAAGAAAUGUACAACCCUGGGACCAAAGACUGUGAGCUUCCUCCUGGCACCAGCCCCUUCUUGGCCCCACCAGGGGCUCCUCCCCUUGGAGCUCCUCCCCUUGGAGCUCCUCCCCUAGGGGCUCCUCCCCUUGGAGCUCCCCCCCCAGGGGCCCCACCUAUUGAGGAGCUGAUCCAGCAGAGCCUGUGGAACCUGCAGCAGCAGGAGCAGCACCUCAGUUCCCUCCGACAGGAGCAGGUGACCGCUGCCAUUGCGUUGGCCGUGGAGCAGCAAACCCAGAAGCUGCUGCAGGAGACACAGCUGGACAUGGACGAGUUCGACAGCGUCCUGCAGCCCAUCAUCGACAUGUGCACGAAGGACGCCAUCUCUGUUGGAAAGAACUGGAUGUUCACCAACGCCAAGGGCCCCCAGCACUGUGAGCUGAUGACAUCACACCUGAGGAACCGCAUCACCGCCGACGGAGCGCACUUCGAGCUGCGCCUGCACCUCAUCUACUUGACCAACGACGUGCUGCACCACUGUCAGAGGAAGCAUCAGAAGGACCUGCUGGCCGCUCUGCAGAAGGUGGUGGUGCCCAUCUACUGCACCAGCUUCUUGGCCGUGGAGGAGGACAAGCAGCAGAAGAUCACCAGGUUACUACAACUUUGGGAGAAGAACGGUUACUUUAAUGAAGAGACCAUUCAGCAGCUUCAGAACCCGGCGCUGGGCCUGGGCCAGUACCAGGCCUCUCUGAUCACGGAGUACGCUGGCGUGGUGCAGCCCAUCCAGGUGGCCUUCCAGCAGCAGGUGCAGGCGCUCAAGGCCCAGCAUGACGAGUUUGUGGCCAGCCUGAAGAAGCAGCACCAGCCUCCUCAUCCCCAGCCCACCCCCACACAGAUCCCACUGCUGGAGGCAGACAAGCCCCCUGGAAUCACCCCACAAGCCCCAGAAGGGAAAGCCAUCCUCCCUAACCCCGCCCCCAGAGAUCUGGAGUCGGUCCCUCCACACUCGCAGGAGCCCCCCUCUGGUGAACAGGGUCCAAACAAGCCCUCGUGGUACGACCCGCAGCACAUGGGCCCCUGGAACCCCAACCAGCCGCCCCCCUUUGACCCUAACCAGCCGCCGCCAUGCCCGCCCUGGGGCAGCCAUGAGGGCAUGUGGAAUGAGCAAAGGGACCCUGGCAGCUGGAGUGGAGGCCCUCCCAGAGAUGAAGGCCCCUGGAACGGCCCCGGAGGGUCAGAGUCAGGACCCCCUGCCUGGAACUCCUUCGACUCACCAGGAAACUGGGGCAAUCAGCCGGAGCAGCCACCAUGGGGCCAGCGGGAGCCCCCCUUCACUCCACGUAUGCAGAGACCCCCACACUUCAGAGGGCCGUUCCCCCCUCACCAGCAGCCGCCUCCCUUUAACCAGCCGCCUCCUCCGCACAACUUUGGCCGCUUCCCUCCGCGCUUCAUGCAGGACGAGUUUCCUCCCAGGCAUCCGUACGACCGGCCGCCCUACCCCCCGCCCCGCUUCGACUACCCCCAGGACUUCCCCGGAGACAUGCCAGGUCCACCCCCGCACCACCACCCCAACCAGAGGAUGCCUCCCAGUGGGAUUGGGGGUGAGCGGCCUCCCUGGGGCGGGGGACAGCAGCACCCAGACUUCGGCCCUCCUCCCCCACAUGGCUUUAACGGUCACUCUCCACAUGUACGCCACCGACAGCCCCUGAUCCAGGACGACCCCAGCCUGGUCCCCAACGUCCCCUACUUCGACCUCCCCGCUGGUCUCAUGGCUCCACUGGUCAAGCUGGAGGAAUAUGACUACAAGCCGCUGGACCCCAAAGACAUCCGGCUGCCUCCUCCCAUGCCGCCCAGUGACCGGCUGCUGGCUGCUGUGGAGGCCUUCUACAGCCCCCCGUCCCACGACCGCCCACGGAACAGUGAGGGCUGGGAGCAGAACGGCCUGUACGAGUUCUUCAGAGCUAAGAUGAGGGCGCGUAGGAAGAAGGAGCAGGAAAAAAACAGCUCCCGUGGAGACAGCCGCUCCCACAGCAGAGGCCGGUCGUCCUCUCGCUCCAGCUCACACUCGUCCAAGUCGUCUCGCUCCAGGUCCCGCUCGUCCAGGAGCGGCUCGCGUUCCUCAGGCAGCUCCAGGUCUCGAAGCAGGUCACGAUCGUCCCGGUCCAGAUCUGGCUCUAGGUCUCGCUCACGGUCCCCAGUCAAACGCAGAGGAGCCACCAAGUCUCCGCCAUCCGUGCCCGCUGGGGGGGCCCCUCCUGCCCCCAAACUCCCCCCAGACCCCAGACUCGGAGAAGAGAACAAGGGCCACCAGCUGCUCAUGAAGAUGGGCUGGAGCGGCUCCGGAGGACUGGGGGCCAAAGAGCAGGGCAUCCAGGACCCCAUCAAGGGAGGAGAUGUGCGCGACAAGUGGGACCAGUACAAAGGCGUGGGCGUGUCUCUGGACGAUCCCUACGAGAACUACAGAAGGAACAAGAGCUACAACUUUGUGGCCCGCAUGAAGGCGCGCGAGGAAGUGAAUCGGGAACCCCCAGAAGCGCCGCCAACAGACUGA